UGUCAAUAACAUCCUGAAGCGUGCGUUUGUUGUGCUCUAAUUUCAUUGAUUUCUGAGCAUAAAUCAAAUAGUUGAGUUAAAAAUAAAAUGUCUGAGAAUAAAGAGGACCCCCCUCCGCCAGUAAAACGGUACAGACGUGACGAGAAGUCCUCAGAAUCUGAGGAAGACAUCGAUAAUUACGAACCGUAUGUACCGGUGAAAGAACGCAAAAAACAGAAACUCCUGAAGCUUGGAAGGCUGGGACAGUUGGCUGCUGAGGCUUCUACAGACCACAAGAGCUCAAGCGACAACGAUCCUGACGAUGAAACUUCUCAAGAAGAAUGGGGUCGCCGCUACAACGUCUCCUUGCUGGACCAGCACAGCGAACUCAAACGGAUAGCGGAAGCCCGGGCGUUGUCAGCGGCCGAGCGGCAAGCGAGGGAGGAGGAGCAUAUACUGGAGAGCGUCGCUCAGAGCAAGGCUUUGAUGGGCGUCGCUGAGUUGGCCAAAGGCAUCCAGUACGAAGAGCCAAUCAAAACGUCAUGGAAACCUCCCCGAUGCAUCCUCGCACUUCCAGAAGAGAGGCACGAACGCGUUCGAAGGGAACUACGUAUCCUGGUAGAAGGAGAGGAUGUACCGCCGCCCAUCAAGACCUUUCAGCACAUGAAAUUCCCUAAGGGCAUUCUCCGAGGUUUAGCAGACAAAGGUAUAACCAAGCCGACCCCGAUCCAAGCGCAAGGCAUCCCGGCCGUGCUCAGCGGGCGCGACAUGAUCGGCAUCGCCUUCACCGGCUCCGGGAAGACGCUGGUGUUCGCGCUGCCGCUCGUCUGCUUCUGUCUGGAGCAGGAGCAGGAGAUGCCCUUCGUCAGAAACGAAGGCCCCUACGGCCUGAUCAUCUGUCCGUCGCGCGAGCUGGCCAAGCAGACGCACGACAUCGUCCAGCACUUCAUCAAGCAUAUCAAGAUAGCCGGCGGCCCUGAGAUACGCUCCUGCUUAGCUAUAGGAGGGGUGGCGGUGUCCGAGUGUAUGGAGGUAGUCCAGCGAGGCGUUCACAUCAUGGUGGCCACGCCAGGCAGGCUUAUGGACAUGCUGGACAAGAAAAUGGUGCGUCUUAACGUAUGCCGCUACUUGUGCAUGGACGAAGCCGACCGCAUGAUCGACAUGGGCUUCGAGGAGGACGUGCGAACAAUCUUCUCUUACUUCGCGGGCCAGCGGCAGACGCUGCUCUUCAGCGCCACCAUGCCGCGGAAGAUACAGAACUUCGCUAGGUCAGCCCUGGUAAAACCUGUAACAGUCAACGUGGGCCGCGCGGGAGCCGCGUCUCUUAACGUACGUCAAGAGUUGGAGCCGGUCAAGGCGGAAGCGCGCACGGUGCACUUGCUAGCAUGCUUGCAGAAAACACCGCCGCCAGUUUUAGUGUUCGCUGAACGGAAGCAAGAUGUCGAUGCUAUACACGAGUAUUUGCUGCUCAAAGGAGUGGAAGCCGUGGCCAUCCACGGAGGAAAAGACCAGGAGGAGCGCUCCCGCGCCGUGGAAGCCUUCCGGCGCGGGGAGAAAGACGUUCUUGUGGCUACCGACGUCGCUAGCAAGGGUCUGGACUUCGCGAAUAUCCAACACGUAAUUAACUACGACAUGCCGGAAGACAUAGAAAACUACGUGCAUAGAAUUGGACGUACGGGCCGCGCGGGCGGGGAAGGCGUCGCCACCACUCUAUUGGGCAGAGCGGCCGAUACCAGCGUACUGAGAGAUUUGGCGCAUUUGCUAAGAGAGGCUAGACAGAAGGUACCCUCGUUCCUGUUGGACAUGAUCGGCGAACCAGACGUGCCGGCGGCUGACGGCCAGGGCUGCUCAUACUGUGGCGGUCUCGGACAUAGGAUCACAGAAUGUCCAAAACUGGAGGCAGUGCAGAACAAGCAAGCGUCCAACAUCGGUCGCAGGGACUACCUGGCGAACACGGCUGCGGAUUAUUAGUUUUAAUUCUACCCACAUUUUUUUUAAGAAUUACAAUUUAAGGCUACCCGCGUUUUUUAAUGAAUUUCAAAAUCACAACAAAUAUAUUGUCAAAUUCAAUUUUUUAUUAGUACGAGUAUGUAGCCUUUUCAGGGUACUUAUAAACGUCGUCAGUGUCUUACAGAACGAAACUCAAAACUCGAUUUAUUUUCACUUAACAUCAACGAUUUUAUCUUUAGUCGUAGAUGAUGAUAAUAAUGAUGUGUCUAAAAAAAUAAAUUUCAGAGAACAUGAUUUUAUAAAUGUAUUUUAAUCCAUAGUAAAUAAG